AUGCAUCUCUCAAACAUCUUCUCUUCCACCUUGCUCGUCCCUGCAUUGGCAAGCCUAGCGUUCGCGCAGUCCUUCAACCUCUACGCGUACGGGACGGGGAUCGGAGGCCUUCCUGUGCAUUAUGCCGACGGAAACGCCGUUGUCAACAAGGGGGCCGUAAACGCAGUCACUGAUGCAGUUGUCUCAUUCACAAAAGACAACGCCCGUCUCAUCGGCAACCCCGACUCAUCCGGUGCCGCAGGAUCCUUCUCAAACGUGCUCCUCUACGUCCCUGGAUCCUCGUCAAGCUCGCACAAUGUCGGCUUCACUACCGACCAGACCUCCACAGCCGACCGAGUCACCGACAAGUUCGUAUGGUAUGGGGCUACGCUGCUCAUUAAGAGCGACGACGGCCAGUUGACCUCGUCGUUUUACCUUAAGGAGAGCGAUGCGGCGAGCGGACAGUAUGAGUUGCUCUGGGGGGUUUCGGGGGAUGAGUAUAUUAGUGUUGGGUUGCGGUCUGUGGCGCCGGCGACGUAG